CUGCUCCUGCUUGGCUGCAGUGAGGCAGAGAGAGAGGGAGGAGGAGGAGGCAGCAGCAGCAGGCAAGGAGGGAGCUGGCGGUUCCCAGAGUUGAGCAGCCAGCAAUUCAAGCCCUGCGGAGUCCCAGGCACCAGGCAGAGAGAUUUCAGAACAAUGUGUGAUCUCUCCAAUUGCGUUUACUGAUGAGUGACUUCAAAAUAGGUGGGCAAGUUAUAAUUUGCUGCUCUGCUGCUUGAUGUUACAUGCAUAUCCAGGGAAGCAAGUCUCUCUCUCCGUCUAGAGAGAGACAGUAAGAUGCAUGUUAUGAAUUGUGUCUCCUUGGUGAAUGAUAAAGAAAAUGGAGCUAUUUCAGUUGAAGCUGGAUUAAUGACUGGAGAUACAUCAGAACCAGAAGAGCAACUGCCUCAACCGCCUCCACCUCCUCCACUCCCUCCACCAUGUCUAUCCACAGAAGCUGGACUUUCUUCACCAGCAGUGGUGCCCCCGCCUCCUCCUCCUCCACCUCCAUCCCUGAGCAAAACUUCAUUCUCACAGCUGGUCAAUGGACAUGGGCACUCAAGCAAGAAGAAGCGAAUACGUAGCUUCUUCUGGAAAACUAUCCCCGAAGAACAAGUCCGUGGUAAAAAUAACAUCUGGACUAUUGGUGCUAAGCAGAACUACCAAAUUGACACAAAGACAAUUGAGGAAUUCUUUGGCCAGCCAGAGGGAAAGGCACCUUUGGAUUCAAAAAGCAAGGCUUCACGGCGAUCAUUUAAAGAUACCAAGCAAGAGAUAAAUAUUUUGGAUGCCAAAAGAAGUAUGAAUAUUGGAAUAUUCCUCAAGCAGUUUAAAAAAUCUUUUGAAUCCAUAAUUGACGAUCUCCACUCAGGAAAAAGUGAUCUCUACAGCUGUGAAAUCCUUCGUGAACUUCUCAAAUUACUGCCAGAAACAGAAGAGGUAAAGAAAUUAAAGGAUUUCAGUGGCGACAUAUCAAAACUGGGUCAAGCAGAUUCUUUUAUGCACUUGCUAAUCCAGGUGCCAAACUAUUCACUCCGACUUGAAGCCAUGGUGUUAAAAAAAGAAUUCUCUCCAUCUUGUUCUUCUCUGCAGAAAGACAUGACAAUUAUAAGAAUGGCUACAAAGGAGCUAAUGUGCUGUGAAGAGUUACAUUCCAUACUGCAUUUGGUCCUUCAAGCUGGGAAUAUUAUGAAUGCGGGAGGCUAUGCUGGAAAUGCGGUUGGCUUUAAGCUGUCCUCAUUACUCAAAUUGGCAGAUACGAAAGCAAACAGGCCUGGGAUGAAUCUGCUCCAUUUUGUUGCUUUGGAAGCCCAAAAGAAGGAUAAAGUUCUUCUGAACUUUGCAGAGAAAUUGCCGCAUGUCCAUGAAGCAGCUAGAAUAUCUCUUGAAAGUAUAGAAGCUGAGCUACAUUCGCUCUCAACCAAAACGAAAUCUCUGAAAGAAAAUAUUCGGCGGGAUUCAGAACUCCACCACCAAAUGGAAGGCUUCCUUCAGUUUGCUGUGAAAGAACUUAAAGAGUUGGAACACUGGAAGCGAGACCUGCUGAAGGAAGCUCAUGCCCUCAUGGAUUUCUUGUGUGAAGAUAAGGAAACUAUGAAGUUGGAUGAGUGCUUUCAGAUAUUUAGGGAUUUUUGCUUACGGUUCAGCAAAGCAAUUAAGGAGAACAAGGAAAGAGAGGCCCAUGAACUUCAGCAGCUCCAGCGAUUAAAGGAGUUGGAGGAGAAACGACGAUCAUGGGUUGCAGGUGAUCUUGGGGCUUUUGGAAGGAGCAGCAGUGAAAGUGACGUUGGGACACUGACAAAGAGAGGGCUAGAAGAAUUUCUUCCCUUCUUGCAGCACAGACCCCAGAGCCCUUCUUACAGAAAUGCCAGCAUCAGGCGCUCCCGUCAUUCUUUGGGAGUCACUGCAGACAGGGAGCUCUUGACUUUCCUAGAGACCUCAAAGGGUGAAGAGCCAAACAAGUCCAAUAGCCUUCCUCGUGCACAUGCUGGUCAAGCAAGAGCAACCGUAGCCUGGAUUGAAUCUAAAGAACCUGUAGAACUCAAUAUGACUGACUCGCACUUAAAUCAGGCAUCUGAAGAACGCAUGGACUGCAGUUACUUCCCAUUGCCUCCACCUCAGUCUGAUCACAUAGAUGACCUAGAGGCAUUAGAUGGCGCACAUGCUAACUUCUAUAAUAAUGAAGAUGGUGCUGGUAAUGACAACUACACUUUCAAUGUGCCUUGUAUGGAAAGUGCAGAUACACCCCCCUGGGAUGUAUCUUAUGAAGAGAGUGAACUUGUUCCAGGGCUACAGAAGUUUGACUUCCGUGAAGCAAAUGAUAUGGAUGACCCAUCUGAAGUUAAUUUUGAAGUUGGCGAAGGAGAUCUGGAGACAAUGGAUGACUCAAGCUUAUGUCCUCUUAAUCCAGCAACCCGUCCAGUACCAGCCUAUAGGAAGUCUAAGGAGGCUCCACAUAAGGAUGAGCAAGCUACCAAAGGGGCAGGUUAUGCUAAUGAAGCUCCAAGGCCCAACAUUGAUAAUCCCAGUUCCUCGGGCAAUAUUUCAGGAAUUAAGGCACAAAGACCAGCAUUCUGUGUGUCAGAUAUAUCUGAUCAUUCUUUGACACUUGAUCAGUCUGAAGAAAAUAAUCCAAAGCUAGGUGUCAACAAAGUGAACAGGAAAGAUGGUGCCAUGGCUCCUCUUGUGAGCAACCUGCAAAUGGAUGAUGGUCUGAGCUCCUUUUCUAGUGAUAAAGAAGACUCUGGCAGCAAGCCUGGUCUUCUGAAGGAAAAAUCAGGAAAAGGCAAAGAUGGAUUCGGACCAAAGAGAAAUUCUCUAAAAGAGAAAUCAUCAGGUACUCCAAAACCCAACACUAAUCCUCAAAAUCACCCCAGACCUGUCAGAACUCUGAACACAUCAGAGAAUGCAAGCAUGAGGAAAGUGGUACCUAUUUCCAGGUCAACUAAAGCAGCUCCCCCUACUUGUACAAAAAAGCCAGAGCCCAAGCCAGCACCUCGAGACACUAGCGUAGCCGAAACACGGCUGUCACGACGCAACUCCAUCAGGGGAAUCGCCGAUGUUGUGCCAAAACCUCAAUAUAGGCAGAGCAUAUCUGUAGAGGAACCAAAAUUCCAGCGGGGAACAGCAGCUUCUAGCAGUGGCCAUUUUGAGAGGGAGCCACUGCAGCAGAAAGGCUCCUUCAAAAAGCCAAGCUCCAAACCAGUCAGAUACAUUCCCAAGUCAAAAAAUGAUGAAACCAAAAUGUGCCGCUCUGUGCCCAAACCGCAGUCACCUACGGAAGUUAACAAAAGCACAACAGUCACCACUCCAAAGACUCCAGCUCCCAUCCCAAGUUUUGCAAGGAAUACAGUGGCCUCUUCUUCCAAAUGUGCAAAGGUGGAUUUGCCACCACCUUCCAAAGCUCCACCCCUCACAAGGUCUUUGUCUCAAAGGUUGCCAAGGAUGAGGAUGACAGCAGCUUCUGAUGAUGCUAAUCCAAAGGAAAAUGGCGGAAGCACACUGAAAAGAGCAAACAGUGCUAGAAUGAUCAAAAGGAACACUGACAACAGUGACCUUCUAAGUGUUAAAGCCGAGCCCAUGAUAAGGGAACAAAUAAUAGUGGAAAGAUCGGCAUCCCUUCAAUGUAAAGAUGAAAACCAAACUGCAAUAGGAAAACUACUGAAUCACUUUUGAAAAUAAAAGGGGGGAUUGUAUUCUUUGGCAAUAUAGAAUGUGAAAAUGGACUUUUCAACACUGAAUAUUUCCAUUGUGGAAUAUCCAGACUGUAAUGUUGUAUUAUUAGCAUUACAUGCAAGUUAAGGUACAUUGUGUGGAUCCUGCUGUAGGUCUGAAUUGAAUGUAUUCAAAACUACUGUGAUGGGAUAGCUGUAACAAAGUUUCCUUGCUUUUGGAUGAUAGUACCUCUACAUGCAUUUUACAUGCUAAGGCAAGUCUUCCUCAGCCUGGUGUACCCUCUUCCUUUAUGUGUUGCCUCUCGUCCUCUAUUAUCCCCAAACCAGCUUGACUUCUCUGCUGGCUUGAGAUGAGUAGGGUACGGGGCCCAGAGAUCCAGGGUGGGGAAGACUGCACUAAAUGGAUGCUUUUGUUUAAUGAAAAGAAAGGAAAGCAGAGGAAGGGGAUUAUGGCCAGUUAUGAAAUAACUCCUCGUUUCUGGAAAUGCAAAAUGAACUUCUGUUUUGGGGAAACUGUGAGAUAUGGAUCAUUUAACUUCUUUGGGUCCAAGAAUAGGUUUGGGUCUAUUGCAGAGUCCAUUGCUGGCAGUUGGACAGACACACAGCACCGCUGGCUUACAGAUGACAAACUAAGACACUGCUGUUUGAGGGAGGGAUGGGGUUUUGACCUCAUCUAAGUUGUAUGUGUACGUAGGAAGAUGGGGAAACUCUGCUGGGCAGAAGAUUUAUUCUCCACGAGUGCGGAAGAACUGCUUUGCAGGGACAGAUGGCAUAGUCAGUGAACUGACUGGUGCUGGAAUUAGUAGGGUUAACUGAAUGUUAUGACUUUCAGAAACCACAAAUAGUAGUUUAGGGGAAAUGACUACAGGUGAUUUGACUUCCAAGUCACUCACCUGCAAACCUGCCAGCUUUUGGUAUACAGAAGUGCCAUAUUUAUAAUAUGCACCACAAUUAAUGCAGUUUAAAACACAUGAGGGCUGCAACUUUUCAUACAGCACUUUCCCUGCCAAUUCUUGUUUCCACUGGUUUUUAAACUACUGUCAAAUGACUUGAAAUGCUGCUAUGGCUCUAAUGACAAGGAGCCUUUGGUUUCCCUGCUGCCUCCUUUCUUUGUCAAAAUGACUGUUGGCAUGCAAUAUGCAGGUUCCUUUUAUGCAUGACAGAAGGCUUUUUUUGUACAGUAAGCUUUAUUUGCUUCACAUAUGGAUUUUAACACUAUUUUUAAACUUUUUGAUAAGCUUUUUAAAAAAUAUUGAAAAAUAGUUCAUUGCAAAACGGUCAGGCUAAAAAUGCAAAGGAUGCGGAGAACCCUGUUGCUACACGUUCUUGCCUUCUCUUUGGUUCCUUUCCAGGUAAAUAUUUGUAGGUGGGGACAUCAGCCAUUGCUUUUUAGUCUUUUAUUUAAAUAGCUGCCAUCUUACUCAUUUAGGAAAAGCUUUUUUUAAAAAAAAAAAAUCUUACAGUAGAAAUAUUUGAGAAAACAAUACUGAAUUGGUUCGUUAUAAGUUUUUUGGGCUAUAUGGCCAUGUUCCAGAAGCAUUCUCUCCUCCCGUUUCGUCUGCAUCUAUAGCAGGCAUCCUCAGAGGUCAUGAGGUCUGAGUUGGUUAUGCAGCCUUGUCUCCAGCACUCUUCCCACUUAGUUUCCCUUGACCUAACACAGUAUCAGUCAUAGCAAGCCACUUACCCAGUUGUGACAACUGACUUUAAAAUUUCACAGAAAUCCAAUGAGCAAUUUUUCUAUUUCUGUUCAGGUCCCUUAUUGUUUUUCACCCCUUCCUAUUUUAGAAAUGGUUUCAAAAACUCCUUCCUAGAAAGUAUACCAGCAUUGUAAUGCUCUUGUGGCUAUGAAACAAUGGAUCACUUCCCAUGUGAUUGAUACUUGGUUUCAUGCUCUUCAUAUAGUAAUACGCUUUUGGACAGAAUCAUUUUGCCUUUGGUUUUACAAACUAUCCAGUGUCCAUAUGCUACAUGCGGUAGUCUGUCCAUUUGGCCUUGCCUGCAUAACUUUUUUUGUGCUCAUCUGCGAAAGCAGGUGGUGGAUUUUUAUUACCUUUUGAUGGUAGUAAGCUUGAAAAGAGAAAAUAAUUUAAAUGUUACAUGUUUGGAGACUGUAAGUAAAUUUCUAUAUAAUAAGUAUGUGUAAAAAUGAACUGGAUGUAUUUAAAGGACCAUUUAUACAUUUCUGAGUUUACUUGCUAGUUUAAUAAAGUUCCCAUUUAUGGGCUUUGUGCUAUA